AUGGGUAGCAAGCUAUCGCCACUCUUAGCGGAGGUUUUCAUGAACGAUUUUGAAACAGAGUUGGCGAAAGAAAAAUUCUUCCCUCGAAUGUGGAGACGCUAUGUAGAUGACAUCUUCGCAGUUGUGAAAGAACGUUACUUGAAGCAGACGUUGGAGUUGUUGAAUUCCCGACAUAGGACGAUUAAGUUUACCGUCGAAAAAGAAAAAGACGGUACACUUCCUUUUCUGGACCUGUACAUUACCCGGAAGGAAGAUAAUCGGCUAAAGUUUGGGAUAUACCGUAAACCAACGUCUACGAAUAGAUAUAUAACUUCCGACUCUAAUCACUUCGGCGCACAAACACAAGCAGCCUUCCACUCCAUGGUGUAUCGUCUCCUCAACAUACCAAUGGAGAGAGAUGAUUACAUAGCGGAGAAAAAUAGAAUCUACCAUGCUGCAGAGCUGAAUGGGUACAAGAGAUGUUUUGUGGAGAAAAUCCUUCGGAAACACGAGAAGAAGAAAUGGAGAAAACACAACACCACAUUAGAGCCUGAGAAGGAACAACACAAAAGGAUCAGCCUUCCGUACUAUCCCAAAAUAACCAACACAGUCCAGUCUACACUCCGGAAACACGGAUUUCAUGUGGUGUACAAAAGUGAGAGCACCCUGAAAGACCUUUUGUGCAACCUGAAAGAUAGAAUUCCACCGGAUGAAAAAUCAGGGAUCUAUCAGAUUCCCUGCAAAGACUGUACUAGUGUAUACAUCGGUCAAACUCGUCGGAAAUUCAAAAUCCGCCUACGUGAACAUAAGAAUGCGGUGGAUAAUGAACGAGCCAGCGAAUCAAGUGUGGCAGCACAUGCUUUAACUCAAGCCCACUGCGUAGACUGGGAGAAGGCAAAAAUUAUUAGAAAUGUACGAAAAGCCUCACAGUUGAAUGCAUGGGAAUCAAUGUACAUCUCAACCAGCGAUUCCCCACUUAUGAAUGAAGAAGAUGCACCAAUAUCAUCUCAACUCUUCCAUCUGACGAAUCUGAUAACUCAGCAAACUAUAUCUUCGACAAGUACUGAUAACCGUAUGAAUAUGUGUUAG